UAUAAAUCGGGUCGUCUGCGGUCACCACGUGCAGCACGUGAUUUCCGACCUGCUGCACAACCUGACCCGUGAAAAGAUCUACUGAAUCACAACACAACCCUCAAUCGUCACUGAGCACUCCGGCCCCCAGUUUGUUUCGCCAUUGCUUUCAGGACGAUCUGACAUGUCAUUGGGCCCGCUGAAAGACGCCAACCGGCUCAACGAACCGAAGUCUUCCACAUCCAAACCAGACGGCAAGAGUUGUUGCCCUGGUGACCUUGUACACUCGACUACUUCCGGUUCAACUAAAUGCAGCUCCGUCGAGAGGUCAUCGAAGGAGAACUACCGAGAAUCUGGGUGUUGUGGUGGACAUGAUGCUUUCUGCUCAGACGAAAAUUGUUUGGAUGUAUGCGAGUUUUCCCCGGACAUUCCCGAGCCCCAGAUGUGUGGGAAAUGCGGAAAGCAUGGCGUGCGUCUGAAGAUAUGUAGUCGGUGCAAGACGGCUCUGUAUUGUUCCAGAGAGUGUCAGAAGAAAGACUGGCAGAAACACAAGAAGACAUGCAGAAUACCGGACCACGAUGGGAACGACCUGAAGACUCUCCUGAAACAACUGACUACUAGCCUUGUUGUAGAAAAACGUAGAAAACUGACCUUCACUGAGGCCAAGGUGAAGGCUGAGAAGUUAUAUCCAGGGAGGCCACUCUUCGAUGAACUCUCCAAACUGAGCACGCACCCGUCACGGGGGAUCUUCCUUGGGCUUAUAUCAGAAAUGCACUUCUAUGUCAUUCGGCACGGGGUGUAUGUGAAGGACCGCGUCGGCCGUCAGACGUCUGUAUUCUUCUACCUGGACUACGACAACCCCGACCCUUACUUCAGCUGGAACGACCUUCAACCUGGCAACUACAUUUGCAUAAAGAAUCCCCAUUUGCAUAUUUUCUUGGAUGGUCAAGCUGGAUUUCGUAUUGACGAAGCAUCUUCUGUCAAGAUUAUUUUGUGACAACAUCAUGUCCGGACGUGUAAACGUUUGUUGAGUUUCUUUUUAGGUUUGGUUGACUGUCCAUUUGUCAUUAUGAUCUGAGAAAAUAGAUACACAUACAACGAUC